AUGCAUUCCUGGCAAAUCUUCAUUGCUGGCAUACAUGGAGUGAUCCGUCUGCCGCAGGCAUCCAAUGCUGCAAGACAUCGUGCACGGUUGACGCUGCUUGUCAUCAACGUCGGUGUCGCCACGGUGAACUAUCAGAUAUUUGCAGAUUUGAAGAUGUACCUUGCGCCCAUCGUCCCGAUUGCCUUUGUCGGCAUCUGUCCGGCAUCUUUUCUGGCCUCUUAUCUGCGCAGGCAUCUUCCAGACAAGGGGUUUCCUCACGUACUGUACGAUGCCCAGCAGAGCAACAUGCUUAUGCAGAUUCUCAUUUUCUUGGUACUAACGUUCUACAUGUUUCCGCUGCUACUGUUUGACGGCGAUUGUCAAGCCAUUGCCGACAGCUUGGUGGUGGGCGUGCUGGCAUACAUAACAGCUUACUUCCCCUUGCUCGAAAGACACACCUACCUUACUUGCCUUGUUGGUAUCUAUGCGGUCGUUGCCAGCAUGAAAACGAUCUUUUCGGAUGCCUCCUUCACGAAGGGAGUGAGGCACAUGCUGCUUCAAAACUGCGCUUAUGCAAUCCUCAGCCGCUCGCUCGUCUACAUGCUUGAGUCGCGGCGUGUGAUCCCCUCAUCUCCAGUACGGUCUUUCAGCCUUGCAAGGCUCAGGAAAACUCAUCUGAGAAGGGUGUGGGCAAACAAAGAACUGUUCGGUCAGCUCCUCUUUCUUUAUCACUGCCGGAUUGACCUUGAAAUGGAUAGCAGGAUCGUGCUCAGAAUUGUGGAGUUCCUGCGCCUCCAGGACGACCUUGUUCGGGAAGAUGUCCAUCACUUGAGACUACUUUUCGCGACAUCCUCGGAAGCCACUUGUUUGGGAGCCACCGGCUUGGCAGGCUCUGAAUCCAGUUCGCAAGCAAAGAUGUCAAAGCCAUCUAUGCAAGCAAUGAGACGGCGCACUCCAGACUAUGGAGGCGUCGCAUGA